AUGCUUUUUGCCUGCCUUUUAGCGGUGGUUGCAAGCUCACUAUUCACUUUUACCGUUCUUAAGAGGCGACUAUUCCGUCAGAGAUUACCAUUACUUACUGAAAAGUCAUUUACUAACGUCGAGAAGCCAUUGAAAAUGGUGAAUAAGAAAUUAGCUGAUCCCAACGAUGUUCCUGUUGCCCUCCGUGGUCAUAAGUAUCCAGCGAAGACUCAUAACCUUAACGUUAAGAAACACCUCUUGAAGAAGAAUCCACAUCUAUCCGCCCAGAAUACUGCUGUUUUUAUUGCUGGUGGAGAAGUGGAAGGAAACAAGUACUGUGAUACCGAAAAGCCCUUCAGGCAAAACCGGUAUUUCUACUAUUUAUCUGGUGUAGAUAUCCCAGGUUCUACCAUAUUAUUUGAUUUUAAAAAAGACCACUUAACACUGUUUUUGCCUAAUGUUGAGUGGGAUGAUGUCAUCUGGAGCGGAUUACCUAUGAGUAUCGAGCAAGCUACAAAAGAAUUUGAUGUAGAUGAAGUUCUCUACUAUGAUCAAGUAAGGAGUAAUUUGCACAGAUUGGAGGGCUAUACCAUUUUCACUACAGAUUUGGAUAAUGUUCAUGACGAAAAGAUCAAGUCAGCAUUAGUACCUAAUGAGAAGGACUUUUUCUAUGCACUAGAUGAAUCUAGAAUGAUUAAGGAUUGGUACGAAAUUGAAGUAUUGAAAAAAGCCGCUGAAAUAAGUGACAAUUGUCACUUAGCAGUUAUGUCUGCUCUACCAAUUGAAUUGAAUGAAGUGCAUAUUCAGGCUGAAUUUACUUAUCACGCCAUUCGUCAAGGAGCACGUACGAUGGGGUAUGACCCCAUUUGCUGCUCUGGUCCAGCUUGUGGUACUUUACACUAUGUGAAAAAUACGGAAGAUUUGGCUGGUAAGGCAUCUGUAUUAAUUGACUGUGGAGCAGAAUGGAAAAAUUACACCAGUGAUGUUACCAGAUGCUUCCCUAUUUCUGGUAAGUUCACGAAGGAGCACCGUCAAAUAUAUGAAGCAGUUCGUGACAUGCAAACUCAAGUCAUGACAAAGAUAAGACCAGGUGUCGAUUGGGAUGAAUUACACACCUUAUCCCAUAGAGUUCUCAUCAAACAUCUUUUGAAAUUAGGUAUCUUCAAAAGCCAAUUUUCAGAAGAUGAAAUUUUCAAAAGAAGAGCUUCUUGUGCCUUUUAUCCUCAUGGUUUAGGUCAUUUCAUGGGAUUAGACGUUCAUGAUGUUGCAGGCAGACCAGAUCCUCAUGAUUCAGACCCCUACUUCAAAUAUUUGAGAAUCCGUCGUCCAUUACAAGAAAAUAUGAUUAUAACAAACGAACCAGGAUGUUAUUUUAACAAUUUUCUAAUUGCCGAAUUUUUAGAUAAGGUUCCUGAGAGGAAAGAAGUGGUGGACAAAGAAGUUUUGAAGAAAUACUUGUACGUUGGAGGUGUCCGAAUUGAGGACGAUGUGCUCAUUACGAAGGGCGGUUGUGAAGUAUUAAGUAAAAUUACAAGUGAUCCCGAUGAAAUCGAGAGGAUUGUAUCUGAUGGAUUAUCUAAAUCACGUUCAGACUUUCACGUCAUCGUUUGA